UAAUUAUGAUUGGUUGAUUAAAAUAUACAAUCGAAAUCAAAUUAUUCUAUAUUGUAUAUAGGUGUACUCAAAAUGCAUGUUUGCUUGUUACCAUUAUAUCAUUGAAAUGAAUAUAAAUAGAUAGAUAUAGAUAGAUAGAUGUAUGCUUAUAGCGUAGGCUAUUAGCUUUAUAUAAAAUGAUAUGGUACACAAUUGAGAAGGUAAAGUAUUUCUAUUACCGUUAAUACAACAACAACACCGACACCAACACUAAUAGUAAAGGCCACUAUUGAUACUACUAAUACUACUCAUACUACUACUAUUCAUAGAAGUUAACACAUUUGAAAUUAACCCAAUUGACAUACAGAAAUAAGACGGAAUUCAAAUUUGUUUAUUUUAUUUUUCUCUUCAAUAAUACUUAAACAGAAUACACAGUUUGUGCAUUCACCGACGAUUAAAGAAGAAAAGUAAAAAACAAACACUUUUUGUUCAGAUUGUGUUAUAAAUUAAACACAACGUGCUUUUGUUUUGUUGAAUUUAGAAUGAUUAAAGUACAAAACAGAAGAUCCAUAAAAAUAUAUCCACCUAUGAUGAUUUGGAUUGUAUUUCUCAGUUAUAUAGUCAAUGUAGAAAGCUCUACAACAAAGAAACUUUUUGGACAUGCUAAAUUGGAUGGCAAUUAUCAGAUUAAUGAUCAUAAUAAUCUAUUAUCUGGAUUUUUGUAUUCAAAAGAGCUUGCCGUAAACGACCUAUUCGAUGUAUUAGAUGAGUUAAAAAAUUAUGUAACACGUUAUGAUCAUCAAAUUGUCUGUGCUGGUAUGGAACCAAAAAGUGAAAUGUGUAAAAUUGUAAUCCAUCAAUUGGCAUUAAAAUAUUUUGAAGCUGCAUUAAAUACAUCAGAUACAGGGUUUAAAUCUUAUAUUUGGAGACAAAUUCAUAAUGAUGAACUAUAUGGAGUAAUGCUUAUUUUAGAUCCUAAACAAGGUAAUGAACAAGAUGAAAUGCAUCAGAUUCUUAGAGCAUCCACUUAUCAAAGAGAUAUAUGUGCUAGUCUCUUAUUGGAAUCAGGAAAUAACGAACGCUUACGAUAUAUUCGAUUACAUAUUGGUCCAGAUAAAUCACUUUCUGAAUUGAUUAAAAAUCUAAUGAUGAGACAAUUUGUAGAGGAGAGUACUCAACUUUACUUAUGCACUGAAUACAAAGCAGCUGGUGUACACAAUGUUGCAAUCUUUGCUAACCAGCUAUCUCUGAAACAUUUCGUCAAUACAGGAUUCGAGAUGGUUGAAUGUGGUUCAAAGCUGUAUGAAGUAUGCGGAAAUAGUUGGUUCAAGAACCGGUGCCUAAUAGUCAGAACAAUCACGGCUGGGGACUGUCGAUCACCUUGAUACUUUUAAACACUAAAAACUGAUUGCAUUUUUCAAAUAUUGUCAAUAUUAUAAAUCUGACUAAAACUAAUAAAUUACUUAACUCAAUUUCGAGAAACAAUAUUUUUUAGGAAACAAGUCAUUCUAUGUUAUUUUUUAUUGUUUGAUAGUCAUUUUAUGACUUAAUCCCAUCAGUCAGUUAGCUAAAACAUAGGAACAGGUACAUACAUACAUCGGUCCAAGUUGCCUACAACCACUGGCUACGAUAGUCGCGCGUACCCCAACCAAGUAGUCUGCAUCUACCAACAUGGCUCAGACCAGAAUUUAGUGACUUCAAACACUGAUGCCACGCUUUGGUUUGACCGCCUCUAACUUUCUUCCAACUAUCCCCAACACUAAUCAGCAUUGAGCGUCGUGGUAAUCGGUGUUCAGGCAUACGUAAUACGUGACCCAACCAUCUCAGUCGAUGAACAUUCACAACCUCAUCAACUGGUUUACCAUCAUCCCCUAAUACCACGCAUCUAACCUCACUUUUACUUACCCGGUGAUCCGAACAGAUGCGAGUAAUAUUUCUAAGACAUCUGCGAUCAAAUACUGGUAACUUACGAGUAUCCUCCACCCUCAGUGGCCACGAACCGCUGCUCAGUAUACCUGUCGUUUAAUUGAUAUAUGUACAUCUCUCCUUCGUCGUGUGGUAACGUAAGUUGGCAAAUGCCAAACGAGCUUUUCGGAUCCGUGCUGAAAUUUCGUCAGACACCAACCCAUUUGGGUUGAUCAGAUUUCCAAGAUAAGUGAAGUUAUUGACGCAGGCCAGUCCUCAAGCAAUAACUUGCACUUAGAGGGAGAGAAACGCAUUACAAACAUCCUGGCAUCGUUGCUCAGUGCUACCAAGACUGAAUUUUACCAACACCUACGACUAUAGUCGGAUGUCUGUUCUACAAUCUGUCGAAAGGAGAAUAUUUAGCCUACAUAUCCACGUUUACGUCUAGAAUCCGCCUGAUUUUCUCGGGUUCGCUCUUCGCGAGCUCUAGUUAGACGUCGAAGCAUUACUAAGGCUAAUAUUUUAGACACUAUAUUAGUUAAAGUGAUUCUUCUGUGAUUGUCACAACAGAAUUUUUCCUUUCUUAUAAACCAGGACGAUCAGCAAUCGAGGUCAGGCAGAUAGGAAUAUAUCCAGUUCCUAGAUUUUAGCUACACUUCCAGUUAAUUUAACUGUUAAAACUGUGUGAUGACUGCCCUCAUACUUCUAAUAGCACUCAACACCACUUCAUUCAUACUAUAAAACUGGACCAGGAGUUGAUCCGUCAAGCUCUGCUACUCUCCCUAGCUUAAGAUUACU